UCCAGUUGAGGUUGGUUGUUUAUUUCUUUUCAAAACCUAUUCUUCUAACAUGAAAUGCCAUAACACGAACAUCAUUUUCAUGAUCAUGUGUUCUUUUUUCAUGAAAGAAAACUUAUCUCAAGUAGCUAGGAAACAUUGGAUGAUGCUCAGCCAAAUGGAAGACCCAAAGGAAUAUGGCCUGAUUGUUAAGUCAGAUUCCAUUGAGAAAGUCACGGAAAUGACCUCACAUAAAAAGACCAACGAACUUCAGUUCUAUUUGGUCAAGAGUUGUCCUUCCCCGGAGGAAGUAAAAAAAGAAGAGGCUCACAAGUUGUAUCAACAGAUGAGUGUUUCUAUGUACCAUAUCCUUCAAGAAAUUGAUCUACGGAAGAAAGAUGAACAUCAAAUGAACUACGAAUUAAUGUGGAUUUACAUGGAGUUAGAGUGGAAAUCAAGUUCACUCAUGUGCCUUGAACGAGCUACAGUAGAUGAUGUGAAGCCUGAUUUACCAAUGAGACCAAUACCAAGAACAGCUGGUUUCUUGCAUUUGACUGAAAACGAUCCUCAAUCGCCUGUUCAUAUCGGUACUGAUAGGAAACGAUGCCAUAAACGGGUAAAGAAAGAGAGGAUAGACAUGGAAUAUCUGAAACAGGUUCAAGAAGAACUUCUUUCUUCAAUGAAAUCGGGUAACAGGCCAACCCAUGGUACUCAAGAGCUUAACGAUGUGAUGGAGAGCCUUGUACACAGGAUCCAACAUGGAAACAAUAACCGGGGAGAAGAAAAAAAAUUCUUUCACGAAAUAAGAAAUCUCAAAGAAACAAUAGAAACAUACACUGCACCAACAGAACCUGACCCUCGUAAUAAUUGGAGAAGAUAUGACGUUGGAGGAUCGAGAAGACGACUCUAUGAAGAACAAAUGAGGCAGCAUCGUAUUAAAAUUUACUUAAACCAAAUUGACGAAAUAAAGAGGGAUCAAAAGGAACGUACCACUAAAGCGACCCGACUCAAGGCAGAGUUGGAACUUGUGAGAAAGAGCAUCAGAAGUAUGGAUAGGGAACUUGAAAAGCUUAAUUCAAAGAGAAUUAAAGCCUAUAAAUGUGCUUAUAAGUAUGGUGAGAAGGAGGAGGUAUUAUCAGCAGCUCCUUUUCAUUUUUUUAUGUUUUUUAUGCAAUAAAUAGAUAUCAUUGAUAGAGAGGCGAUACCGAAUUACUUAUGUUUCUAUAAUUCAUAAGUCAAGUUAUGGUUACUAUCCACCGCGUGCUCAUGACAUAUGUUAAAGAACAUGCACAAAAAGAGAAUCACGGAGACAGGUUGAAGAAUUCUUGAAGCAAUAUUGGAGCAAUAGCAAAGUGUAGUGGGUGAUAUAAUGUGUGCAAGUUUAAUCCCGAACACUUGUAAAGCAACUAUCUUAAGAUGUAUUAGAGCCUGAUUAUUAUUUAUUUCAUCAUUACACAAUGUUACGUUUGCUUUUAUAAGUACCCAAUAAAAGAGUGUC